CUGUCGUUGGCUGUAAUUUGGUUUUACGGCUUGAAAGCGGCGCGAGUGGGAGGACGCUGCUGGCUGAUUCAGGCUGCGAUGCUCUUUCUAGCUGUUGGCAGUAAACCUGUGCUGUGACAUGUUAGUGUUGGUAUGAAUGUAAACACACCAGGGAUGGGCCCGUGAAGAUGCAGCUGCAAUACACAGUUUACAUACACUUUUUUUCUCUUACAAGUAACAGAAGACCUCCUGUCUGUAUCCAACACCUGUGGGAAACUUACUAAAAUAUAUACAUAGAGUUAGCGUUUCCAGCGAAGUCAUGCAUCAACUGCUCCCACACAGCAGCCAAAACAACAGCGGUGUCAGGAUGAAGCAUUUCAAAUAUGUCUACAGGAAAGGAAUCAGCAGGGCAGUCUGAGGCAGCGUGCACACAUGCACAGACCUGUGGGGCUUUCACGCUCACCUUUUGUCUGGUUACCUUGGAAUCAUUUGCAUUUUAUGUAGUAUACGUUUACUUCUGUUGCCAACAAAUAAAGGGCCAAUUCGUAGUUUGUAUAGUUUGUUGUGCAUUCAGCCAUCGUGACUUGAGGUGGAACUGAGGCUACUGUUAGAGGCAGGUUACAAGCCGUAUUAAAGAACGCGCCGUCCCUGAAUGUGCCGUCAGCCGGCAGCUUUGUGCGUAAAGUAUGACUGCACUGCUUUCAGGGACCUGGUUGCACUCGUCACCGUCCAGAUGCUUGGAGGAUAAAGGCUCAGCAUCAAAUCUGCACACACCACGUCGCUCUGUGAUGUUCGAGGGUGCAGAUGUUGUUUUCUACACACUUUGCUGCAACUUCCUGUCCUGUUUUCACAACUUCUAUGGUUCUUUGUAUGUGUGACAUGUGGCUUGUUGCCACACAUUAGAAAUAGGCUGUUGGUGGUAGAUUUGAGAAAGAGGCUGCGCAUUUUAAAACAUGCUUCUCUGUGGCAAAACCCAGCUUUGGAUCUCUUUUAGAUUAUCAGGCCAGGUGGGAUGUAACGUGAUGCAUUUUGAAGGAUUUAAUGUGAUUUCUGGAUUUGGCCGGUGUAGAUGCUCCAGGCGCAGCGGGGACCCCGCCUCCGCGUCAGAGAGGGACGAGGCUGCUCGCGCCUGAAACCCGGCUCGCCGACCCCCGUCCCGCGGGCCUAGCCGCUCACCUUAGAGGCACGGGAGGAACCGGAGGGCUCACUGCGACGCCACGCCACGCGGAGCCUCUGCCCGUGCAGAGAAGGAGCUGGAGAAGUGGUAGCGGGAUACUUGCGUCUGCCCCCCGACCUCUGAACUCCGCCACCAUGACGACCGCGGUCCAGCCCAGCGAGCUUGUGUUCGAGUUUGCCAGCAAUGGGAUGGAUGAGAUUAACCAGCUGGACGACCCGUCGGUGUUUCCGGCGGUGAUCGUGGAGCACGUGCCUGCCGCCGACCUGCUGCAGGUUUACUCGGGCCUGGAGUCCGACGAGGUGACCAACGGCAUCAUGGUGGACACCUCCCACGUGGCGGAGGAGUCGUCGAUCCUGGUGGGAGGCGUGGACCUCUCAGAAACCACAGUACCCGGCGGAGAGGACAGCAUGGAGACCAACGAAGCGGCAGCAGCUCUGCUCAACAUGGAGUCUCCAAACAACAUUUUGGAUGAGAAGCGAAUGCUUCACACUUAUGGCGCUCUGCUGGAGUCGGACCUGACAUACGUCCCGCUGAGGCCAGAGCAGAUGGACACCGAUGCCCUUGACAUGUCGCCAGAUGAAGACACUUCAUCUAUGGAUGAGAUUCCAAAGUGUCCUCUAAAGCCGCAGAAGAAAAACAAAGUGCGGAAGCCGCGGGCGGUUCGCCCCUGCUCUCCCAUCACCACGCCCAACCUGCCACUGAGGAAGAAGAGCAAAGAGGGCAAAGGCAACACCAUCUACCUGUGGGAAUUCCUGCUGGCUUUACUGCAGGAUAAAAACACCUGUCCCAAAUACAUCAAGUGGACACAGCGGGAAAAAGGCAUCUUUAAACUAGUUGACUCCAAGGCCGUUUCGAAGCUGUGGGGCAAACACAAGAACAAGCCUGACAUGAACUAUGAGACCAUGGGCCGAGCGCUCAGGUACUACUAUCAGAGAGGCAUCCUGGCUAAAGUGGAGGGGCAGCGCCUGGUCUACCAGUUCAAGGAGAUGCCGGCCGACCUGGUCGUGAUCGAGGAUGAGGAGACGGGCUCCGAUACCAACACCAGCUACGGCAACCAGCGGUCCAGCAACGGGCGCUCGGCGGUCCGCGGGGGGUCCAAAGGGCACGGCCGGGCCCACGGCCAACAGGCGUCGGCGAGGCAGCUGAAGAAGGAGCCCGUCGACGAAGGCCUGUACUCGGAAACGAACGGACAGGCCGAGCAGCUCCUUCAGUCGGUUCACAUGAUGCAUGGAUCGGAUCCAGCGCACGCUAUGAGGGCCAUGGCCGCUCCCGCAUCAGUACCAAUGGUCCUGACGCCCUCCGGCUCCAUCCAGACGCUUCCCCUCACCACGGUUCUGGCUAAUGGGGACUCCAGCCACUCGCCGCCCCGGGUCAUCCUCCACACCGUGCCGUCCACCACGGCGGGCGGCAAGGACGUGCUCACCAUCCAGACGGCGUCUCUCACGGGCGGCGCCGGCGGCCUGCAGGACGGCCUGCCGCAGCAGCUGCUGGUCACCGCCGUGUCGUCCUCGUCCCCCUGCGCCUCCCCUCCAGGAGUCAUUAGCUCCACCGCCUCCGGCCUCAACGGCCUCCCCCGCCUGGUCGCCAUCAACGCCUGCGGGCAGACCAUGGUGGCGCAGCAGCCCGGCACCGUCAUUGCCACCGUGCUCAAAUCCGGCGACCUCUCGGGGCUGCAGGUCAAGGAGGAGAUGCUGGACGGCAGCUACUUCCAGUCGAUGGUGAACGGCGACCCGGCGCUGGUGCCGCACGCCUUCGAGAAGGAAGAGAUCGCGGCCGGGGAGGCGGAGCUGCAAUAUAGGACGGUGAUCAUUGGUACCAAUCACGGCCACGGGGCUGCGGGCGCGGCGAUAAUUAAUGGACAUUCCUCCCAGAGCAGCAGCCCCAGCGAGGGCCUGACCCCCGUGGAGGAGCUGGAGGUGCGCGGGGAGAUGUCCCUGCAGCCCGAGCAGGGCAUCAAAGGCCUGCAGGAGCUUCCGCUGUCUGUGCAGCUGCCCGCAAACUUUAUCCAGAUAAAGUCGGAGCCUGCGGAGGCUUAGGCCCGCGGGACUCCCUCGCACACGAUGAACCAAAAAACAACCCAUCCUUUUUUUCCUUUCCGCCACAACAGUUGACGUUUUCUUUUACCAACCGCAGUGAUCUGAUCAAAGAUCUGACCGAGGCAUCUCGAAGCCUGUUGCUCUUCAUGGUUGGACUCAGGAUUUAUUGUUUACUCACAUAUUUUGUGACCAUGUGCCUAAAAAUCAAGGGAGUGUUUAAUAGUUUUUCUUUUUCUAGGAACUCACUUUUCACGUUCAGGAUUAUAACGUGUAGACACAAACCCCAACCCACACGGACACAGACACUCAAGGACGUCUAUAUAUAUAAAAAAACUGCAUAUAUAACAAACCUCUCCCCUUUAAGGAGGACAGCCAUCGGAUAAAGCAGGGAUCCCGUCUACCAAAUGUGCCAGUUAGUAAAUAUAGACUUCAUGCCAAAUGGGUGUAUAGAAUGGAUGAAUUUUUAAAACGCGGGCCAUUUUUCCCCCGGGAUGACGUGAAAGGACACACAUCUUAGAGUUUAACUGAGUGCCUUACAGGAAGUUCACACAAGUGAAGAAUUUCUUGGAAACAUCUGGAGAAAGCUGAAAAAAACGGAAUGGCUCCGCAGACUUAUUACUCACUUAUUUUCAUAUAAACAAAAAAAAAAGGUAUGCGUUCAAUCACGCCACUGGCCCUAAAGCACUGCGUUACUAUGGAAAUGGGCAUUUUCUGUCCACCAAGGACAAUCCAACAUCAAACCGUUUGUAUGGAGCAGCAGACUGGAGGAGAUAGGGCGGCACAAAUGGAGGCAACGAUUACGCAGGGUAAAACAGAUAUUAUCAGCCUCUGCUUCAGAGGCCUCGAGGUUUAAAGCCUGUUUAUAUGAAAUGGAAUAUAUAUGAAUCUAUACAUAAAUAUAUAAAUAUACAUCUAAUAUACAAUUGAGGUUCAAUUUUUAGGCCACAGCAAAUUUAUUUAUUUUGUGAAUUUCUAAAUUCUGUACAAAAAGGCACAUAUGUCAUCUAUUUACAUGUGUGAACAUGUAAUAUACAAAGAAUAUGAGCGUUAAUACCACAAAGCUUAUUUGGCUUUUUUUUUUUUUUAUACAACCAGCAUUUUUCUAUUUGAUAGCUUUCCAUAUAAUCAGCUUUAGUAUCUCCUCGUGUUUUGGACUCGAGUGCUUAGAGAAGCAUCAAUAUUCCAUCAUUAUAUUCUCUUUGUAGACUGUAGAUGUUCUCUGUUGUGUCUGAUUUAAGCAUGUACUGAAUGUGCUUUGGUUCUCUCCUUUUCAGUGGACAUACCUCUUUGCGUUUUUCCAGCAGUCAGGCUUUCGCGACUGCAUUCACAAAUAUUGUGUUCUGUGUACUGCGCUGAAUAUCAGAUGUUGCAGCCAGUCAGUCUUUUGAAAUCGUAACUCCGGAUUCUUUUUAGUUAUUUGGUACAAGGACGUACCAGUGGUGCCUUUAAAGCCCCUCUGAGUUUCUCCUACUCUCUCCUUGCCUCCUUUCCUCUUGCCUUGUGUCCUCCUCGCUCACAACUCCUGUCCCACCUUGCUUCCUUUCCUGUGUCCUCGCCCUCGUCCCUCAGGCCAGCGGUGUCUCUGCCUUCUUUAUUUGCUGCCCCACUUUGUUAAGAACCUCUUAGGCCAGCCGUCCGAUUGGCCCCUCGGUUCUGCUGGGGAUGAAGCCAUAUUGAUCCUGAGUGGCAUCGCAGCUAAAUUGGUUGUUUUCUCCGCCCGGACUGCAGCUGCAGAUUGAGGACAUUCAGACUUGCUGACCUCCAUCUGCUCUGGAACCUGAGCACAGGAGUUAAACGCUGCCUCUCGCCCCACAUCAGCCAAAGGCCGCUGCAUCCGCAAAGACAAUCUGAAUGUAUAGUCAUUGUUUAGGCACACGCUCAUGCAAAGAUCUGACAAUCAGUAAUUACACUGGGUUACGUUUGCGUUUCAGCCUUUCAGCCUUGUAGUGAGGUUUGCUGUUUGGUUUAUUGCUUUGGAUUAUAUACUCUGUUUUACCUUCCAUGCCUUGUUCCUCAAAGCACUGUGAGAUGUUGGACCUGCCUCUGUUUUGUUGCUUCCUUUGUCCUGGGUUGUGAGUGGCCGUUCUUAUACUGAAUAUAGAAUAGAUUUUUAAGAAAAUGUCUGUGUACUAAUUAAAAACCAACUCUUCUUUACCGAA